UUGUUUUAUGUCUUUUCUGCAGGAGGUCUAAAUUUCCCAUUUAAAAUUACGACUGGAAUACUGACGAUGGUUAUCCUUCUUGGGAUUGUCAUAUUGGUCGUUCGACAAUUUCCGAAAUGUUUGGGAAGAGAUGGUUCCACAAGGUCAUCUCCACCAGAAGAUGGGACACAGCCGGAACAUGCAGUCAGGUCGGGGAAUGACCACGACAGUGAUUACUGGACACACAAGUACUGGGAAAUACACGACAGAGAUAUUAACUCCUCAUCGCCGUGUUCAAACACAGGUUCCUCUGACACCGAAGUCGUGAAGCUCCGGAUAAAGCACCAUGAAACCGUGAAACCAUUAUCAGUGGAAGGACAAGCGAUCUUUCGUGGACCCUCAAGUGUAAUCGAGAGACCCCUUUCAGAACCACCAGCUGACACAACCUCGUCGUUAUCGCUGUUGAGUGCAAUAGCACAACAUGUCAAAGAUGAUAGUUUAAGGUCAAAGUCACUCCAUGAUGACUGUGACCUGACUAUAUCGAUAGAGGUUCAAGAAUUGAUAAAGAAAACGGAUUCGAUCAUAUUCAUUGAGCAAAACUGUGACUUGUCAAACGUGACUGCCACUUACCUUUGUCCAAAAGCUGACACAUGUAAGGACUAGCAUGAUAAACGUUAGUAAGGGAAUAUCGAUUUUAGUCACAAUCAGCAAUAUAUACUGACCGCGAUGGUCUUCAAACAAACGUGUAGUGGACAAACCAGUGACUAAAGCCAUGAGAAAGUAUUAUCGUCCAAUACGGCCAUAGCUAAUGAGCUUAAUCAAAUUUACAAAAAGCUUUCUUGACUUGCCUUUGCAUGCGUUUAUGACGCCACGUUACCUAUCUCUGUGUUGGGGGGCAAGUUACGCUCACCGUGAAGGAAUCACGUGGCAUCCUCUCUAUUUGAUAUUGGUUCAUAAAACUCAUGAUAUAGUCGGGAUCGUUCAGUCUGCUCUGAUUUUGACAGACAUUUCUUAUGAAUGGGGAAAGGCUUUAUUGUCAUACUCAUUAAUCACGACUCAUUGUACAUACAGGAAAACCACAUGCAUCAGAGCACAUCUGUACUCUGUUUAUAUGUUUCUUGAUAUCUGUAAUAAUUGUGUAUGCCAGCAUUUAACACUUUGCUUCAAGCUAAAUAAAUUACACAGACCCUA